AUGGCUACGAUUGAUAUCGUUCUCGGCGCCCAGUGGGGUGACGAGGCCGGUCACACCGUCAUCGUCGAUGGCGUCAGCUACGACUUCCACCUUCUUCCCUCUGGUCUCCUGCACCAAAAGUGCAUCAGCCUCAUCGGAUCCGGCGCCGUCGUCCACGUCCCGACCUUCUUCAAGGAAAUGGCCGAUCUCGAGGCCAAAGGCCUGAAGAACAUCCGCGAGCGCCUCCUGGUGUCCGACCGUUGCCACAUCAUCACCGACUGCCACAUUCAGGUUGACGGAUUGGAGGAGCAGGAGCUGGGCGGCAACAGCAUCGGCACCACCAAGCGCGGUAUCGGCCCAACCUACAGCACCAUGGCUGCUCGCAACGGCAUCACCAUCAGCGAGAUGUUCGAUGAGGAGCUCUUUGAGCACAAGCUUCGCCAGCUCGCUCAGGGCUUCAAGAAGCGCUUCGGCGAUCUCCUUGUCUACGAUGUUGAGGACGAGAUCAAGCGCUUUAAGCAGUACAGAGAGGACCUUCGCACCUUUGUUGUCGACGCUGUUCCCAUCAUCGCCGACGCCCAGAGGAACGGCAACAAGAUCCUCGUUGAGGGUGCCCAGGCUGUCAUGCUUGACUUGAACUUCGGUACUUACCCCUACGUCACAUCAUCAAACACUGGCCUCGGCGGUGUCUUCACUGGUCUCGGCCUCAACCCUAGAAAAAUCAACAACGUCGUCGGUGUCGUCAAGUCCUACACCACCCGUGUCGGCGGCGGCGGAUUCCCCACGGAAUUGCUGAACGAGACGGGCGAGAAGCUCCAAAAGAUUGGCCACGAAAUCGGUGUCUCCACUGGCCGCUCCCGCCGCUGCGGCUGGCUCGACCUGGUCGUCAUCAAGUACUCGCACGACCUGAACCACUACACGGCUCUCAACCUCACCAAGCUCGACAUCCUCGAUACCUUCCCCACCAUCAAGGUCGCCGUCGGCUACAAGAACAAGCACACUGGCGAGGAGUUCCCCUCCUUCCCUGCCAACAUCAGGGCUCUUGACGACGCCGAGGUCGUCUACGAGGAGCUCGAGGGCUGGAACACGCCCACGACAGGCGCCAAGACGUACUACGACCUACCCAAGCAGGCUCGCGCGUAUGUUGAGUUCAUUGAGAAGUUUGUGGGUGUCAAGGUUGUCUGGAUCGGCACUGGCCCCAAGAGAGAGGACCUUAUUUUCCGUGGAUACUAG